CCUCGCCGCGGCUGGCCGGGCCGCCAUGGGCUGGGUGCGGGCCGCCGGGCAGCGGCUCCGGCAGCGGGCGCGGGUGGCCGAGGUGGUGCGGGACACCUGCCGGCAGUACCCGCUCCUCUGCUGCCUCCUGCUAGGGCUGGGCGCCGCUACGCUCCUCCUCAACCGGUAUCUUCACGUUUUAAUGAUCUUCUGGUCCUUCGUGGCUGGCGUCUUCACCUUCUACUGCUCGCUGGAGCCGGAUUCCCUCUUGCCCAGUUUCCUCUUCGCGGUGAAAUACAAGCCCAAGCAAGUAGAACUGCCGGAGCUGUUUCCCCACGGUCACAGCUGUGCUGUAUGUGACAAGGUCAAGUGCAAGAGGCACAGGCCUACUUUGCUUCUGGAGAACUAUCAGCCGUGGCUGGAUCUGAAAGUGCCUUCCAAGGUUGAUGCAUCACUUUCAGAGGUGCUUGAGUUGGUGCUGGAGAACUUUAUUUACCCCUGGUACAGAAAUAUCACUGAUGAUGAGUCCUCAGUGGACGAGCUCAGGGGCAUGCUGCGGUUCUUCGCCUCUGUGCUAGUCCGGAGAAUUCACAAGGUGGAUAUUCCAACUGUUGUAACUAAGAAGAUGCUCAAGGCAGCAAUGAAACACAUCGAAGUGAUAGCCAAGGCCAGGCAGAAAGUGAAAAACGCAGAGUUCUUGCAGCAAGCUGCUCUCGAGGAGUACGGAGCAGAGCUCCACGUGGCCUUGAGAAGCCGAAGGGAUGAGCUGCACUACCUGAGGAAGCUCACCGAGCUGCUCUUCCCCUACAUCCUACCCCCGAAGUCCGCCGAGUGCAGGUCCCUGGCUCUUCUGAUAAGAGAGAUUCUAUCUGGUUCUGUUUUCCUUCCCUCCAUGGAUUUCUUAGCUGAUCCUGACACAGUCAACCAUUUGCUGCUGAUCUUCAUUGAUGAUAGUCCUCCUGAGAAAGCAACUGAACCUACUUCUUCACUGGUUCCAUUCCUUCAGAAGUUUGCAGAGCCAAGGAAUAAGAAACCAUCUGUGCUGAAACUGGAGCUAAAAGAGAUCAGAGAUCAGCAAGACCUUUUGUUUCGAUUCAUGAACUUCUUGAAGCAGGAAGGGGCAGUCCAUGUGCUGCAGUUCUGCCUGACUGUAGAGGAAUUCAACGACAGAAUCCUGCAACCAGAGCUGUCAGAUACUGAGAAGAUGUCUCUUCAUGAGGAAGUGCAGAAAAUAUACAAAACUUACUGUUUGGAUGAAAGCAUUGACAAAAUCAGAUUUGAGCCUUUCAUUGUGGAAGAGAUUCAAAGAAUUGCUGAAGGUCCCUACUUGGAAGUUGUGAAGCUUCAGACCAUGAGGUGCCUGUUUGAAGCUUAUGAGCAUGUGCUGUCUCUGCUGGAGAACGUUUUCACUCCCAUGUUCUAUCACAGUGAUGAGUACUUCAGACACCUUCUGAGAGGAGCAGAGUCACCAACACGCAACUCAAAGCUGAACAGAAGUAGCCUGAGUUUGGAUGACUUUCGGACCACCCAGAAGAGAGGAGAAUCCUUUGGGAUCAGUAAAAUAGGCAACAAAAUAAAAGGUGUGUUCAAAAGUUCUGCCAUGGAAGGAGCUAUGCUGCCCAACUACAACUUAAAUGAAGGAGAAGAUGAUUUUAUCGAGGAGGGAGUCAUGGUGAUGGAAGAUGACUCUCCUGAGGAGGCUGUCAGCACCCCCAACACCCCCCGCAACCUCGCCGCCUGGAAAAUCACCAUCCCAUACGUGGAUUUUUUGGAUGACCCUUCCCUGGAAAGAAAAGAUAGGAAGGAAAGGAUCCCUGUCUUCUGUAUUGAUGUGGAGAGGAACGACAGGAGAGCAGUUGGGCAUGAACCUGAGCACUGGUCUGUCUACAGGAGGUAUCUUGAAUUCUACGUGCUGGAGUCUAAGCUAACAGAGUUCCAUGGUACAUUUCCUGAUGCUCAACUUCCCUCCAAGAGAAUCAUUGGCCCCAAGAACUAUGAGUUCUUAAAAUCCAAGAGAGAAGAGUUCCAGGAAUACCUACAGAAACUCCUGCAACAUCCAGAACUAAGUAACAGCCAGCUUUUAGCUGACUUCCUGUCCCCCAAUGGAGGAGAGACUCAGUUUCUGGACAAAAUGUUGCCUGAUGUGAAUCUAGGUAAAAUUAUAAAGUCUGUCCCAGGGAAGCUGAUGAAAGAGAAAGGGCAGCAUUUGGAGCCAUUCAUCAUGAAUUUUAUCAACUCCUGUGAAUCUCCCAAGCCUAAACCAAGCAGGCCUGAACUCACCAUUCUGAGCCCCACUUCUGAAAACAACAAAAAGCUGUUCAGUGACUUGUUCAAGAACAACGCAAACCGCUCGGAGAACGCAGAAAGGAGGCAGAAUCAGAACUACUUCAUGGAAGUGAUGACUGUGGAAGGAGUCUAUGACUACCUAAUGUAUGUUGGUCGGGUUGUGUUCCGCAUUCCGGACUGGCUCCAUCACCUGCUCAUGGGGGGCAGGAUUCUCUUCAAGAACACACUGGAGCUGUACACAGAUUAUUACUUGCACUGUAAGCUGGAACAGCUGUUUGAAGAGCAUCGUUUGGUCUCUCUGAUCACCCUGCUGAGAGAUGCUGUGUUCUGUGAGAACUCGGAGCCGCGCUCCCUGCAGGACAAGCAGAAGCGAGCGAAGCAGACCUUUGAAGAGAUGAUGAGAUACAUUCCAGAUCUCAUCGGGAAGUGCAUCGGGGAGGAGGCGAAGUACGAAGGCAUCAGGCUCCUGUUUGAUGGGAUGCAGCAGCCAGUGCUCAACAAACAGUUAACUUAUGUGCUGCUGGACAUUGCAAUUCAGGAACUCUUCCCAGAGCUGAGCAAGCAGGGUCCAAAGGAAGCCAGCUCUGUCUCAUGCUGGAUGUGAAGGCAGGGACCUUGCAGGACACCCAGCAGAAGACACCUGCCCUGCUCUGCUGACCCUGUGACAUUUUAACCUUGCAGUGUAUAUUUUACUUGUAAAUAGCAUCAAAAUCUAAGUUCUAAACCAACAGAAAAGCUCUCUUUAUGCAAUAAAGACAUGGAAAUGGAGUACCACUGACAA